AUGUCGCUGGUUAACAGUCACUCGUCUGCGAGCGUGGAAAACGCUGCGUACAACCUACACCGCGCAUUCAGCUCUAGCACGGAGAACGUGGGGCACAUGACGCCCAGCAACUCGUCGCCGUUGCACCACUCCACGGUGGUAGCGAUGGGGGCGGAAUCGCAAGGGGGCGGCGCAAGCAAUAACAACAACAACCCCGCGAACCCGGGCAGCACGGCCAACAAUAAUAGUAAUAACGUCAACAUGAACAGCAUCGGUGGCGGGGCGAGCUUGGGUGCCGGUAGUGGGGCCACCGGCAGUAUUUCGGGAACGAAGGGCAUGAACAACAGCCAUUCGCCGCUCCAUAUUGCCACGAUGCUGAACACCUUGUCGAUGAACUCGAAUCCGCCAUCCCAACAGCAGUCCAAUGUACAGGGCCCUUACUUGGUGCGGUUGCAGAAUGUUCCGAAGGACACUACCUUGCGGGAAUGCCAUGCUUUGUUUGCAUUGGCGCACGGCGUGUUAUCUAUCGAGUUGUCGAGCUUCCAGCAGUACGCCGAGCGAUCUCAGACGUCUGGCCAGGAGUCCACAAAUUACAUCGUUGCCAAAUUCGAUUCUUUGCAUUUGGCGUGCCAGUAUGCGACUAUUCUUGAUGAGAAGGCUCAGAUAUUCGGGCCCAGCUUUCCGUUCAAAACCUACGUUGAAGUGGUUGACGAGCUCACGCAACAGCAGAUACCGUUCCAGACUCAAAUGCAAAUGCACCAGGGCUCCCCACCAGCCCCCACCCAUGUCACUGCAUAUCAACAGCCUUUGCUAUCUGCUUCCGGCGUGGUUAGCCCACCGCAAUCAGCUUCUAGUGUGAAGAGACCCAGCCUUUUGGUCCAACGUUCCAGGUUCUCAUUCACGGAUCCGUUUUCUAGCGAGCAAACUAAUAUGGGCUCACAGCAGCCAGAUCUAAUUACGACGCCGUUGAAAGGUCACCAGGACACUGGGAAGUCGUUUUUAUUGAUGGAAAGUGAUGAGAUUAACGAUAGUAUAUGGGGUAAUGGAACCGGCAUUCCUUCCAGCAUAAGUGGUUUGACGACUUCGCAGCCACCAACUCCUCACUUGGAGUGGGGUACCACGGGAAGGCGCCAAAGUUCAACUUUUUAUCCUUCGCAGUCGAACACAGAAAUACCACCUAUGCAUUUAACGGGUCAAGUGCAAUCUUCACAACUAGCAACUGGUUUGCAACAACCGCUACCACAGCCGCAACGUCAGUCUUUGUCAUAUAACUUGGUAACACCGCUAUCCUCCGAUAUGAACUUGCCACCUCAGUCUUCACAGGGCGGCAUAUUACCGCAUCAGGCGCCAGCGCAGACGCAGCCACAAUCCCAAGCACUCCAGCAUCACCAGCAUUUGCAUCACCAGCAGCAGCAACUCCAGCAGCAGCAGCACCACCUCCAGCAGCAGCAGCACCAGCAGCAGCAACAGUCUCUUUCACAGCAGCCACAACAGCAGCAGUCUCAACAAUCGCAGGCUCAUUCACAACAGCACCAGCAGCAGCACCAACAGCAGCAGCAGCAGCAGCAACCUCAACAGCAACAACCACAACAACAUCCGCCGCAACAACCUCAGCAACAGAAUUCUCAGCAAGCCAUCGUUGGUCAGUCACAGCAGCAGGUAACAUCCGGACAGCAGAAGGGUAGCAGCAGAAAUAGCAUCUCAAAAACUUUACAAGUCAACGGCCCUAAAAAUGCUGCUGCAGCUUUGCAAAAUACUAAUGGUAUUUCACAAGUUGAUUUAUCUUUGUUGGCUAAAGUUCCUCCUCCCGCAAAUCCAGCUGAUCAGAACCCCCCUUGUAACACUCUCUAUGUUGGUAACUUGCCGCCAGAUGCAACUGAACAAGAAUUGCGCCAGUUAUUCUCUAGUCAGAAGGGAUUCAGGAGAUUGUCAUUUAGGAAUAAAAAUAACAACGGUAAUGGCCAUGGUCCAAUGUGCUUUGUUGAGUUCGAGGACGUUGCGCAUGCAACGAGGGCAUUGGCUGAAUUAUACGGUAGUCAAUUGGCGCGUACAAGCGGCACCCACAAUAAUAAAGGUGGAAUUAGGUUGAGUUUCUCUAAGAACCCAUUGGGUGUCAGGGGUCCCAACAGCAGAAGAGGUGGUGCUACCAAUAACACUUCCAAUGCCGGCACGACAAACUACUCAUACGCAGCUGCCUUCGGCAAAUCUUGA